AGUCGCUUUCUGUGUUCCGUGGGUUUAUGACGGUUGCAGAUCGGAGGAUCGCUACACGUGUUGCUCGUUGCUCUCGUAUCUGAAACAUCUCGAAGGUUGCUACGCGGUGAUUGUUGGCGGUCUUAUUUCAUUGCGAGAGUCAUAUGAUCCCUUACUCGAGAAUGCUCCAACUUGUAUUUCUUUUCACUUCCUAUCUACCCCAAACUAAAAUGGAAACUUUCACUAUAGGAUAUCUGACAGGCUCACAGAGGAUACCAGGAGAUUUGGAAUACCCCAGACCAGGUCUGACCAUCUCCGGAGCAAUCUCUCUGGCAGUAGAAGAAGUCAACCAAGGUCAUCUGAAAGAAAGAGGACACAAGCUGGAUUUCAUCGUGGCCGAGACAUACGGCGAAGAAAGGAUCAGCGUCCAAAAAACGGCUGAUUUGUGGACCAAAAACGUGUCGGUCUAUGUUGGUCCUCAAGAGACCUGCGAACACGAGGCAAUCAUGGCUGCUGCUUUCAACGUCCCAAUGAUCUCUUAUUAUUGCACACAUGCUGCCACAUCAGACAAAUCGAAAUUUCCAACUUUUGCUAGAACGAGACCUCCCGAUACGCAGAUAUCCAAAUCAGUGGCAUCAGUUCUUACAGCUUUCAAUUGGACGCAUGUGGUGCUACUAUACUUGAACUCUCCAGAUUUUGAGUUCGGGAAUAUUGCAACUAUAGUGCUAUCGACUUUGUCAUCAGCUGGGAUUACAGUGAUGGCCACCAAAUAUUGGGAUACGCCGUACCAUCAUGGGUACUUCAAAAAUCCGUUCUACAAGCUCGUCGAAGAGACCUACAAGGAUACCAGAAUUUUCGUUAUUUUGGGCCACUACUACGAGCACUUGGGACUAAUGGUUGCCAUGGAAGAGAAGAAACUGUUUGACAAAGGGGAAUAUUUCGUAGUCGGCGUUGACAUUGAGCAGUACGACAGCGGCAAUCCAGCGAAGUACCUCAAGGGUCUGCUUCGGGACGAUAUAGACGUAGUGGCCCAAAAGGCCUACAGAAGCUACCUUGGAGUAGUCUCUUCGAGCCCAGUGGGCUUCGAAAAUUUCACGAGGAUGGUUAAUUUUCACAUGGAAAGGCCUCCUUUCAAGUUUCCUAAUCCUCUCACGGUGCUAGGAGGGGUGAAACGGGUAAAUAUUAAGAAAAUACUGCAGAUUAGAGCUGAAGCAGCUUACUUAUACGACGCUGUUCAUCUGUAUGCCAAAGCCUUGAUCAAGGUUCUAGAUGGAGGAGGAAAUCCCAGAAAUGGUACCGCUAUAAUCGAUUCUAUGAAACGAAUGCAUUAUAAAAGUGCUAUGGGUUAUAUCGUGUACAUGGACGAAAAUGGGGAUGCAGAGGGUAAUUACACCCUGAUAGCCAGGAAGCUGUUGAAGAAUUCCACCAACGAAUACGGUCUGUUUCCUGUUGGAGUAUUUGCUUUACGUCGAACCGACUCCAGAUUGCCCGUUCUUCAUAUGACUGACACUGUAGACUGGAUAACUGGAAAACCUCCUAUCGCUGUACCGGUAUGUGGCUUCAAAGGAGAAAAAUGUAUCACUCACACUCUGGAAAUCACUAGUGGUUUUGCCGGCGGCACAUUCUUUGUUAUCCUCAUCAUAUCGCUAAUUUUCUACAGAAACUGGAAAUACGAACAAGAGCUCGACAGCCUUCUCUGGAAAGUCGACUUCAAAGAUAUCCAGAUCAAUGAGGAAGCCAACUCUAGCUCUAAAAUUACUCGAUCGAUUCACCCACUUAUCAGAACGAGUCAAGUUUCUCUCAGCUCUAAUCCUGAUGCUGACUUUAGAUAUUCCAAUAUUUUCACACAAAUAGGCAUCUAUAAAGGAAGAGUCUUCGCGAUCAAAAAGGUGCAGAAGAAGUCGAUAGAUAUAACGAGGGAGAUGAAGAAAGAACUCAAAAUGAUGAAAGAUCUACGUCAUGAUAACCUCAAUGCGUUCAUUGGGGCUUGUACUGAUCCACCGAAUAUUUGCAUAGUGACAGAAUAUUGUACCAGAGGUAGUCUGAAGGAUAUUCUGGAAAAUGAAGAUGUCAAAUUAGACAAUAUGUUCGUAGCAUCACUUGUAGGAGAUAUUUUGAGGGGUAUGAUAUAUUUGCACGAAUCUCCAGUGCGAUUUCACGGAGCUUUACACACUGCCAACUGUCUAGUGGACUCGAGAUGGGUGGUCAAACUGGCAGAUUUCGGGCUAAGGGAAUUCAAGAAGGGAGCAGAUGUGUCAACUCCCAAAGACCCUGCUCUAGUCGUGAACAGUUGUUAUGUUCUUCUCUAUAGAGCUCCCGAGCUGCUACGUAUCCAAGAUAGUCUUUCCAAGGACCAGCCCUGGGGCACUCAGAAGGGUGACGUUUACUCUUUCGGGAUCAUCCUGUACGAGUUGCACAGCAGGCACGGCCCCUACGGGGAUAUCAAGAUGACGUGUGCGGAAAUUUUGAAUAGGGUUAUUCUCUGUGCCAACCCUUCAACGCCCUUCAGGCCUCCUAUAGAAUUUCUGGAAAACAGCUUCGAUUUUGUGAGGGAGUGUUUGAAAGAUUGUUGGGCCGAAAAUCCAGACGACAGACCAGACUUCAAAGGUGUCAGAACCAAGUUGAGACCACUAAGAAAAGGCAUGAAACCGAAUAUCUUCGAUAAUAUGAUGGCUAUGAUGGAAAAGUAUGCGAAUAAUUUAGAAGUGUUAGUUGACGAGAGGACAGACCAGUUACAAGAAGAGAAGAAGAAGACUGAUGCUUUAUUAUACGAAAUGUUGCCAAAACCAGUGGCGGACCAGUUGAAGAAGGGUAACAAAGUGGAAGCCGAAAGUUUCGAUUGUGUCACUAUUUAUUUCAGCGAUAUAGUAGGAUUUACCAAGAUGUCUGCUGAAAGUACACCUUUACAAGUAGUUGAUUUUUUGAAUGAUCUGUAUACAUGUUUCGAUUCAAUCAUAGAAAACUAUGAUGUCUACAAGGUCGAAACUAUAGGGGAUGCAUACAUGGUGGUAAGUGGUCUCCCAAUCAAAAAUAAUGAUCAACAUGCCGCUGAAAUUGCAUCAAUGUCUUUGCACCUACUCUCGAAGGUCAAAAACUUUAUAAUAAGGCACAGACCUGCAGAAAAUUUGAUGCUGAGGAUCGGCAUCCAUUCAGGUCCUGUAUGUGCAGGGGUUGUAGGCCUGAAAAUGCCUAGAUUCUGUUUAUUUGGAGACACAGUCAACACAGCUAGCAGAAUGGAAUCAACUGGUGAAGCUCUGAAAAUCCACUGCAGCCAAGCCUGCAGAGACCUCCUGACGAAAAUCGGCGGGUACCACCUGGUGGAAAGAGGCUUGGUGCCCAUGAAGGGCAAAGGCGACCAGCAAACCUACUGGCUGCUAGGGGAGGAGCCCCACCAGAGGCUGCGGCGCAAGGAAGACAGGGAACGCAAAAGGAUCGAGUCCGACGGCAGGAACAUCAAGAUGGCGCAGGUGGACGGCAACGGGCAGUCGGUGAUGACCAGGAGCUCGCUGAAGAACAAGAACAGCAUCAUCAGGAGCCCUUUGCCGAGGUGUUCGUCCUUUGAGAGCCCGAAGCGUCUGAGGUUUGCGAGCGGCGACAAUUUGGAAAAGAAGAACGGUUUCGCGCUGGACGUGAUAUCCGACAGCCCCCACAAAAAAUCUGCCAACUCCCUUACGGAAACUCUCCACGAGUGUUGCAGCGACCCCUGGAAGACAUCUAGCACCUCCUGUCCCUGCAUAGAAAACCUGGCAAACUCCGCUGCCACUCUGGCCCAAUCACAGCUGCCCAUAGUGACUGAUAAUUUCGCGAAAUUCUCCAAACCUUCGCACAACAGUGUGCCAACGUUGUGUUUGUGUGUUCCCUCUGUAGGUCGUGUUCAUACCUCUGCUCCAUCUAGUCCCAGAAAACGUGAUAGGUUGUUGUAUCAGGAAUGCGAGGAGGCGUUCCCCUGUUUGGAUUGCACGCCUUUGCUGAAGAUAACCCAGCCUCCUGAGUCCGAAACAUCGUGUGUUUGAUAGUUUACACAUUUUGAUAUCUGAUGUACCGUCAAUCGCGGGGCUAUAUCGGACGAUAAUUUUAAUCAUAUGCCAGUAUUUCAUUUGUUAUACGAAAUUUAAGCUAACUUAUGCAUUAUAUGGCAAGAAGUUGACCUACUGAACAUAUUUACAUUAAAAACUUUCGAAAGUUGGCACGGUUAUUUAAAAAAAAAACGUACUCCGAUAUACCCAGGGAUUUGGGGUAAUAUCAGAAGCUUUGAUUUUUGCGCUGAAAAAGUACGUUUUGAGACUGGUAUUUGAUAUAGGUUUGGUCAAAACCCUUUAUCGGACGAUUUUAUACGAAAAAAAAAUUGAAAAUUGCCAUACAGGGUACAGGGUGAUGUAGGUAGUAAAAGUGAAAGUAUACAAUCGUUAUAAUGCAAAUCAACAUCUUUAUCCAUAGAAAAAAAUUGUGAGAGCAACAAUAAUUAAAAAAGGAAAAAUAAAUUACACAUUUGAUAAGAAACCGGAAAAAUAAAAUCUGGAAAUAAUGAAAAUUCAAGUCAAAACUUAUAUAUUAUUAUAUCUUAUUCGAUAUAUAAUACCCCUGAAAUACGUGUUUUGCUGAUUUCGAUUUGUUAGGUAAAGGAAAGACGCAAGAUGAUUUUUGAACUCAUGAAGGUCUUGAGGAGACUGAAAACAAAUCUUAAUAUCCCACUGAAGUAUACAGGGUUCACAAAACAGCAGAAGACAGUAUUUGGCUAUCUCAAUUUUAGCGAAAACUAUGUCUUAAAUGAUUAUUUUUUGUGAGCUAACCUUAAAUUUAUGAUCGAGCGUGAAACGCAUGUACGACUGCAGUCGUACCAUGGAAGGAUAUCUGUCAAUCU